AUGAGCUCUUACUUUGUAAACUCGUUCUCAGGGCGCUAUCCAAAUGGCUCCGACUAUCAGCUGCUAAAUUAUGGGAGUACCGGAGCGGCUGUGAGCGGCUCCUUCAGAGAGCCUGGCACCAUGCACUCCGGGGCUUUCGGCUACAACUACAAUGGCAUGGACCUGACAGUGAACCGGAGCACCAACAACGGCAGCAGCAACCACCACUUCGGUGCAGUGAGAGAGGAUGCCCGGGGAUUCGUGCAGGACGCCCGGUUCAGACAGACGCCCAGCUGCGCGCUCUCCUCUCCAGAACCGGUGGCGGUGCAGCCGGUGCAGAAUCCGUGCGCAACGGCCAACCGGGAUGCUCUGGAACUUAAAAACCCAUCUCCUCCUGACGACCGGAGCUCGACCUCCAGUGGCAACAACAAUCUCAACAAAAACAACAACAACAACGCUCAUUUCACGGAGAUAGAGGACGCAACCGGCGCCUCUGAGACCGAGGAAGGAGCGCACAGCAGCGGCGGCUCCAGCAGCGCACCUCGGCAGCAGAACCAGACCCAGAACCAGCAGCAGCAGCAGCACCAGGACCACAAUGCAACCUCUUCAACUCCAACAGCAAAUGAUUGCCAAUCACCACAAAUAUUCCCCUGGAUGAGGAAACUGCACAUAAGCCAUGAUAUGACUGGACCUGAUGGGAAAAGGGCCCGAACCGCGUACACCCGGUACCAGACUCUGGAGCUGGAGAAAGAGUUUCACUUCAAUAGGUACCUGACCAGGCGGAGGAGGAUAGAGAUAGCUCAUGCUCUGUGUCUCUCCGAAAGACAGAUCAAAAUCUGGUUUCAGAACCGCAGGAUGAAGUGGAAGAAGGACAAUAAACUGAAAAGCAUGAGUCUGGUAACAGGAGGCAGCGCCUUCCACAACUGAAUCACUUUUUUUUUUUUGGGGGGGAGUUAAAAAAAAUAAUAAUAAUUAAACAAAAAAAAAAGGAAUAAAAAAAAAGAAUCCAUGAGUACUGUAAAAGCUAUUUGAAAAGCGCAGCACCUUCCAGCAUGCUAUUGUGAUAUAGAAGAAGAAGUAUUCUGUGGUCUUAAAAAUGCAUUUUUAGUUUCCUGUUGUUGUGAUAGCUUAGGUGGAAAAAAAUAAGAUGUAAAUAUUAAUUCUGGGUAUUAAUUGUCCAUGCUUCUUGCUCUCUUUCUCUCUCUUGAAAGUGUUUCAACUUGAGCUCUUUAUUGUGACUUCUUCUUGACGGUCUAACAGGAGUAAAAAUUCAUUGUACAGUUAAAAAGAAAAAAAAAGUUUCCAAACCAUAUGCUGCUCUUCAUUGAAUGUAAACCUAAUGUACCAUUCAAAGCGCUUUAGUGUCAGUUUUACUGCUAUUUCUGAUGGUUAUCUUGUGGCCAGAUCCAUACAGUUCCAAGCCAAUGUGUAGCUUUAGGAUAUUUUGUGCAACUUAUUAUUAUUAUUAUUAUUAUUAUUAUUAUUAUUAUUGUUUAGAAUAAUUAUGAAGCAAUGCAAAUGUAUUCAACCUGUCAAUGUGAUAAAAUUUUUAGUGCAAAGGGUUAUUCUGUGGAUAUAUAGGCAAAGUGAUUGUGAGCUUUUUUCGCCAAUAAGCUUUUUGUAUUUGUAAGUGAACUCAUAGCGCUUGGAAAUAAAAAGUUUCUCUCAAUUGCUUUGUCUCGACUCAAGUAAAUAAAGUCACGUAUAGCUUUAAACUCACUAAUGAUUAACCUGCGAGAAUUAUAAAAGUGUCACAUGAACAACAACAGACAAAGUGACAGAGAAAAACAUAACUUUUGUCAAACUUACCUCCUGUGAUUCUCCUGCAGCGAGAUGUUUGUGCCAUGUGGGAAAUAUGUUGGU